AUGGCUUCUUCUGGUCUGCAAAUCCUGGGAGUCAUCCUGACAUUGCUGGGCUGGGUGAAGGCCCUGGUGUCCUGUGCCCUGCCCAUGUGGAAGGUGACAGCUUUCAUCGGUAACAGCAUCGUUGUGGCCCAGGUCGUGUGGGAAGGGCUGUGGAUGUCCUGUGUGGUACAGAGCACUGGCCAGAUGCAGUGCAAGGUGUAUGACUCCCUGCUGGCCCUGCCCCAAGACCUGCAGGCGGCACGAGCUCUCUGUGUCAUCACCCUACUCGUGUCUCUGUUUGGCCUGCUGGUCUACCUUGCUGGUGCCAAGUGCACCACCUGUGUAGAGGACAAGGACUCCAAAGCCCGCCUGGUGCUCACCUCUGGGAUCAUCUUUGUCAUCUCAGGAGUCCUGACCCUGAUCCCUGUCUCCUGGACUGCCCACGCCAUCAUCCAGGACUUUUACAACCCCUUGGUGGCUGAAGCCCAAAAGCGGGAGCUGGGGGCCUCCCUCUACCUGGGUUGGGCUGCCUCAGGCCUUUUAUUACUGGGCGGUGGGCUGCUAUGCUGCACCUGCCCCUCUGGAGGGUCCCGGGGCCCCAGCCAUUACAUGGCCCGCUAUUCGGCAUCUGCCCCUCAUUCCGCUUCUCGGGGGCCCUCUGAGUACCCCACCAAGAAUUACGUUUGA